AAAUCAUCCGUCAAGGCAUUUCCAAGCAUUUCCAAGUUAGGAAUUGCCCUGAGCCAUGUCCUCCCAAUGAUUUUUUCAUGGUCUAUUUCGCUUUCCAUCCCUUCUAUCAAGGAUAGCCUUCAAGGCCAGCCAAAAGCCUUCGGGUGCUUCCUCACAGCACUUUUCGAGUGAGUGGUGGAUGCCGGGAUGCCGGCGAAACAUGUGACAGAUUUCACCAAAGAACUAGCAGACCUCAUGGAAGACAAAAUCGCUUCUAUCCAGGAGUAUUUGGACCAGGGGAAGGCCGCAUCUCGCAUGGAGCUGGCCAAAUUUGUAUGGAGCACAGCAAAAAGGAUUUGGAAAAUCAUCAACCCCCAGGAUGAUGAAAAGCGCAAGAUGGCUUGGGAAGAAGCCAAGGGCAUGCUCAAGGAGCUCGUCGACUUUGAGCUGUUCAACGUCAGCCAAUUCUACGAGCCAUGUGUAAAACAUGCCUUGGAGCCCAAGAUUGCAGAGGUCUGCACAAAUUACCAGUACUUCAUUUUGACAGGGCAUGUGCGCACCAAGCACACCCCUCCAAAGCUUCUUGGUGAGACCGAUGAACUUCUUUGUGUGGACAAGCCACCGAUGUUUACCUGUAAUUAUGGUGGUUAUGGCAGGCUUCCACCUCGAACAAAGGUUCAAACGUCAACUCAAUUGCUCAAUUGCGAUAAGACAACCAUCCAAAUCCACGAGUAUUUGGCAUUGAAGUUUGAGUAUGAAACAGCAAUUGGCACAAAGGAAUUUUGGAAGCAGGAAGAUGAGAACUGGGUGCAACCUUGUGGUUGUGGAAAAUGUGAGUCGUGUGCUUGCAUGCAAGCAGGAUGCUGCAAUCGAUUGGACAAAGAAACGUCUGGCGUCAUGGUGGCUGCCAAGACUCGCAGAGGUUUCCCUGAGAUUCGCAAGCAAUUCAGUAGUGAACACAGCCUGGAAGAAGGCGGAACGGAGAAGUUCUACUUUGCUUUGGUUCGAGGUCAGGUGAAGAUACCAACCACAAGAGUUGAAAAAGGAUCUGACUGGAUUCAUGGGCCUGACGGACCUCCAUCAAACCGGCGAGGCCGCAUUGAGAUCGCAAUCCAGUUCGACAACACGAGAUGGAAAGCGUACCCUUGCAAGGCUGAUGAGGGGAAUGAGAAAGAUUGGCAAAAGACCAAUCAACCACGAGGAGAUCAAGAUGAAAGCUGCGAACAAGGCGAGUCUGGAGGUCGUCGACUAUAUGCUUUGACCUUCUAUGAUCCAAUCGCCUGGUUUAGCUCCGGGAAAGAGAAGUACACACUACUUCGCUUGCAAAUCAUCACUGGUCGUACACAUCAAAUCAGAUUCCACUGUGCUGAAAUUGGCCAUCCUUUGGUGGCCGAUGACCUCUAUGGUGCCCCACAAUCUGAGCGUGACUGGGCCAAGAGAAUGUUCCUGCACUCGUACCAGACGAAGUUCCUUGAGCCUUUCUCGGACAAAUGGUAUCAGGUCGUGUCGCCACUGCCACAAGACCUUGGGAACUUGCUUUCAGAGUUGCACCUGGAUAGAGUAAAGGAGGGGUGCCCACUCUUCUUGUCAAGAAGAACACACUUGCAACUGAAGAAGAUUUUUAAGCAAUAUGACUCAGGCCUAAAGUUGCUUCAAGUGCACCAAGCCCCAAAGAAUGCACAAGCUAUCUUAGAGAUGAAGACUGCCGGGCUCAAUGGGUCCGGCUCUCAUGAAUCCAAUGGGGCAUCAAGUUCGAAGCCCAACGAGCCGGACGAAUGGGGAGGUCGUGCCGAUUGGCAGUCCCAAAGCGAAAGCUGGAAGUGGGAGGACUCCCGAAAUGGCAACGGUGGGGCUCCGAAAUCCAAUUCUUGGUGGAGGACUGACACCAAUUCCGCAAACACUGUGGGUGUGAGCAACACGGAUGAAGAUGAGGAUGAUGAGUGUUGGGGAACGUGGCGGCCGAUACCAAAAGCGACGCCAGUGCCAGAGCCAGAACCAAAGAGGCCGCGCAUGGAAGUUGCUGCCGCGGAGCCUGCCAACGUGGCCCCAAUACCUCGAACUCCCGAAUUUCCAGUGCCGGAGCCGGCUCCAGCAGUGUGGCAACGAAGGGAGUCCACACGCCAACCUGGAAUUUUCUAUUACCUCAAUGUCGUAACAAUGGAGACCUUAGUUGAGCCACCACCUCCUUGGGAGAAGAAGCAAUCUCGACGAGAUCCCAGCAUUUUCUACUAUUGGAAUCCCCUCACGGGCCAGACCUCCGUGGAGAAGCCGGAGAUUUGAACAAAAAA